CUUCUCCAGUGUCGCCCACCAAAGUGUCGUCGACGCUGCUUCAUUCCCUACACCAUGCUCACCCACCGCGCCGCCUUAACGGCCGUGCGCUCCUUGCGCGUUGCGCGACUGUCGACGUCCAGCAUCGUACGGGCAUCUCCGGCCCCAGCAGAAACACAAGCAAUCAGCGAAAUGAAGCCUGUGAAGCAAGAUGUCGGCGCACCGGUCGAGUUCUCGCAGAUGCCGUACGAUCCCCAGUUGGGCGACUAUCCCCAGCUGCCAGCAGUAAGCAGGCAAUGGAGACAACCCGGUGAUCAGUGGUGGGACAAGCAAGACAGGAGGAACUUCGGGGAACCUGUGCAUGAACAAGACGAAGUGCUCACCGUCUGGGCACCCGACGUGUACCCCGUCUCGGGCCCGUCUGCAAUCUUCCAGUUCUCGAUGGCUUGCCUUGUGUUUACGGCCUUUGGCGUUAUACUUUCCUUCGUCCGGCCCGAUCGCCCGGCUGUACCGAGGGAGUAUCCGUACAACGGGCUGGCGGAGCAUUUGGGUGGGGAGAUCAACAAGGCUAACACCGCCGAGGAUGAGGAAUAGACGGGUGAACGGACCAAAUUACUAAAUGUAUCAUACGCGAAUCAUAUAUCCUUGAACAUCAC